AUGAUUCUAGGAGACUUUUCUGCUUGUAUAUUCAUGGAUGGCGAGGAGCUCCCGGAGUAUGAUAUUGUCGUUUCCAGUACACCAACAGAGAACAGAAUAACGUGUUGGAUCGCGUCAGAUGCAGGCAAGAAAUUUGGAGUCAGGGCGAAAUUUUUAGCCCAGCAGACCUCGGGGAGCUCGGUAUCCGUUUUCGUUGACGGUAAUCGCUGUCGUUCCUACAUCAUGUCUCCGGGCUGGAUCGGUACGCAGGAAAUCAAAUACAUGAGCAAUCGUUAUGUCAGAAGAGAUUUCAUGUUCUCCCAACUCGAGCUUACUGAUGACGACUCAAUGCUCGAUGACCAAAGCGCAAAUGAUAUAGGUCAAAUUAUGAUGGAGGUAGUGCAGGGGAAGUACACCAUGAAAGAACAAGUAGUGGGUUCCCAGAAUGUGAAUGAUCGUACACUUUGUGUGCGGGAAGGCAAGGUGCAUGAACGCGCCAAGAAGGCAUGCCCUCAUCGUGUUGUCUUCGGAGAAGAAGUACCUUAUCAAAACUCAGUAUCAGCCUUCAAGAUCAUACCAGACAAUAGUCCAAAGACUAUCUUCGUAUUCAAGUACACGCGCUUGGACAUCCUGCAAGCAAUGGGAGUAGCACCACGUACAUCAAUCAUGGCAGAUGCAGAGACAGAGAUAGAGGAUCAUAACGAUGACAAUGAAGUCAUGGAUGGGCCUGUUGAGUCCUUGCCCUCAGAGGAUGUCAAGCCACUGGCAAGGAUUCGAGAGCUAGAGAUGGAGCUUCAGCGCUUGCGUGCACAAGUAGAAGAUCGGAAGCCCUCGCUUGUCAAGUUGGAACACGGGGGAUCGCGACGGAAACCCGCUGUUGUGGAGGUUAUUGAUCUCACUGAGGAUUAG